AUGGCUGAUAACAAAACAACUUCAACUGUAACGAUGGACGACGGGGUCCGGCUGAACGUCAAAAUACUUGGACAAGAUUCAGCAGGCAGCAAACCUCUUCUCAUAUCGCUUCAUGGAGCACCCGGCCUUUCCACACUUGCAGAGCCAGAGGCCUCUUUUGGAUACUUGGCUAACCUUUACCGCGUUCUCGUGUUCGAUGCUCGCGGAAGUGGCGCUUCUGACAAGAUCGGGCCGUUUACUCACGACCGCUGGAUCGAGGACAUCGAGAUUCUCAGAAAGUGGGCUGGCGCAGAGACAUUUAUCCUAGCAGGAGCCUCUUACGGUGGUUUUAUAGCACUAGACUAUGCCAUAAAACACGGCGACAGACUACAGGGCUUAAUUCUCAGAGAUACAUGGGCAAACGGCAAAGUUGGUCCGAUGAAUGCGCUAGCAAAUAUUCUCACGUCAAACAGGGUCAAAGUCGAUGUGGCCCGUCAAGUCCGGCUUUGGUCUGGAACAUCACUCAAUGAUCAGGACCAUGCAGAAGGAGUCCAAGAAAUACUACCAAUUUUCACCCCGCCACCGGAAAUUGUUCCGCCAAAAGAACAGAAUGAAUCAACUGAAUUCCAAGGGUCGGUCGAAUUCUACUCUGCCACGCAGAAUGCUGCCUUUAGUGAGAAUAUGCCGCGGUUUGAUGUGCGUCAUCGUUUGAAGGAGAUCAAGACACCUACACUUGUCAUCGUCGGUCGCCAUGAUUAUAUCGCGCCAGUGGCAUGUAGUGAGGAAAUAGCGAACGCUAUCCCCAACGCAAGAUUGGAAAUUUUUGAGCUAUCGGGUCAUAGUCCCCCGUCAGAUGAGCCAGAAAAGUUUGAGAGAAUACUUUCCAGCUUUCUAAAGUCAGAGAUUUGA